AUGAUGAACGAGUUGGAUCAAUAUGUGUUAGCGAAUGAACCGUUACUGGUGAUAGACCAGAGAGCUGCUUACAAUGCCAUAUUAGACCGAACCAAUAGGAAAGCUGAUGGAAUAAUUUUUCUCGAUGCAGCGGGUGAAACAGGAAAGACAUUUGUCAUUAACUUACUUCUGGCUAAAAUUCGACAGCAGUCAAAAAUUGCAAUUGCAGUGGCAUCUUCGGGGAUUGCUGCUACGUUGCUUCACGGUGGUCGCACUGCUCAUUCAACACUAAAGCUGCCUCUCAACCUUACACAUUGUGAAGCUCCUCUCUGCAACAUCAGCAAAGGAACUGGGGAAGCCAAGGUUCUACAAGAGUGUGAACUUAUUGUGUGGGACGAGUGUACAAUGUCACACAGACAAGUAUUAGAGGCCUUGGAUCGUACUCUUCAAGAUCUCCGUGGCAAUGGGAAACAUAUGGGUGAAGUUGUUGUACUCCUUGCGGGUGAUUUUCGUCAAACGCUGCCUUUUAUUCCAAAGGGAACAAUGGCUGAUGAGAUUAAAGCAUGUUUAAAAUCGUCACGCCUAUGGAAACAUGUUAUACCGCUGGACCUCAAAACCAACAUGCGGGUUCAUUUGCAAGGUGAUGCGUCUGCUGGCCGUUUCGCUCAACAACUGCUCAGUCUUGGAGAUGGAAAACACCAGCUGAUCGAAUCACUGGACUCAUCCGUACUCCGGAUACUUUUUGCAAUGUCGUCGAAGAUCGGACAAGGCAUGCGGCCUCCAGAGCAGCCGAGACUCCGGAGCCAUAACUGA